AUGGUCUCCUGUAAUGAGAGCAAGGUUGCCAUUGUGGCCGGCGCCACUUCGGGCAUGGGAGUCGACCUUGUCAAAGACCUCUGUUUCAAAGGUUGGAGGGUUGCAUGUGUAGGUCGACGCCGUGAAGCCGGUGAGGUCCUACUCGAAGACCUCCCACGAGACAGAGCCCACUUCUUUGCAGCAGACGUCUCGGUUUACGAAGAGUAUGCCGAAGUGUUUCGCAAAGUACACGGCCUCUGGGGCCGCAUCGAUGCACUGUGCGCAAAUGCCGGGAUCGUCGAUAUCUCUUCCGUUUACAUCUAUGAUUCAAAGAAUAGCAGCGUGGACGAGGUCCCUCCCUGCCCAGACCUGUCUGUCGUGGACAUCAACUACAAGGGUGUUGUGUAUGGCACUCAGCUGGCAGUGCAUUUCAUGCGUCAUAACCCCCAGCCAGGGGGACGCAUUGUUGUCACAGGAAGCAUUGGCGCUGUCUUCCCCCAUCAGUCCUACCCGGUAUACUGCGGCACCAAAGCUGCUGUCAACCACUUCAUCCGUGGUGUGGCGCCUCUUCUGAAACAGAAGGAGAACAUCUUCAUCAACUGUGUUAUGCCGGGAAUUGUGAACACACCCAUUGUACCGCCUGAGAUGAUCGCUGCCGUCACCCCUGAAUGCUUGACCCCAGUGCAGACGAUCCUCGAUGGCUAUGAGACCUUUUUAGAAGACUCGACGGGCAUGGCGGGUGAGCUAUUAGAAUGUUCAGCUAACAAGUUAAUCUUCUAUCACUUGCCCAACCCUGGAAAUGGGCAUAUCACGACCCGCGCCAUUACAGUUUGGGAGCCACUCUUCCGCAUGAUGCACGGCGAAGAUUCCAAACUCCCGGAUGCGAUUCCUUAA